CCUCCUACCUCUUAUGACCAGUUAACGACACUGCUCCAUUUGCAGUCCAAGCUGAGGUUACACUGAAGACAAACUUUUUUGGAACCAGGAAUGUUUGCACAGAAUUGCUGCCCCUUAUGAAGCCUUAUGGCAGGGUGGUGAAUGUCUCCAGCAUGGUGAGUGCCUCGGCCCUGGGCCGCUGCAGCCAGGAGCUGCAGCAGAAAUUCCGCAGUGACACCAUCACUGAGGAGGAGCUGGUGCAGCUCAUGACCAAAUUCGUGGAAGAUGCCAAGAAAAACGUCCAUGAGAAAGAGGGUUGGCCAAACACUGCCUAUGGGGUGUCCAAAAUCGGGGUGACUGUCCUGUCCAGGAUCCAAGCCCGGCUGUUAAAUGAGCAGAGGAAAGGUGACCACAUCCUGCUCAACGCCUGCUGCCCUGGCUGGGUCAGGACAGACAUGGCAGGUCCCAAAGCCACCAAGUCCCCAGAGGAGGGGGCUGAGACCCCUGUUUAUUUGGCCCUUUUGCCUUCCAGUGCUGAUGCUCCUCAUGGCCAGUAUGUCAGUGAAAAAACUGUCCAGCCCUGGUGAGCUCAGGGAGGGGGGCCUGAGCUCCUUUUCCUGAUUUCACUCUAAUCCCAUCAGUGCCAGCCCUUUCCCCACUCCCCUGGGAUGGAUCUCAGACAUGGAGCUAGGAUGAGGAAGCAGGUGCCUUAUUCUCUCAUCACAGUAGAAUUUUCCAGGAUUCAGAGCUGUUCUGGAGGCUUUCUAAAGAGAAUGGGAUUAUUUUAGAGCUGCUGGGAUCAGUCUGGGGGGAGACUCAAGGCCAGAAUCACUGUUGGACAGACAUUCCUUACUAUCAGAACUAAAUGGAAUUAGGUGAAAAUAAAAAUAGCACUGAUCCACCAUUUAUAGCCAAAUAUAAUCAGUUGGUGUUAUUAAUAUAUCAAUAAAUAAUUACUGAUUUAUAUUCUGGUAUUAAAAACUUAUAAAGUUGGCAAAUAUCUUUUCAUUUUCUGCAGCUGCAUUUGUGGCUGGGGUUUGUGAUGUCUGCACUGGAUACAGAGAAAA